CUGACUGUUACAACAACAUUACACCGGCAACUCCUGGGCUCUCAGCAGCGGGGACACGGGCAGGACGGGCAGGGCAGGGCAGUGAGUGGCCGACAUCUAUUUUUCAGUUGGAGCAAACAAACAAAAACUUGCUGGCUGGUUUUGAUUGGAGCUUUUGGUUUUUUUUGGAGGGGGUGUUGUUUUAAGAGUAAGGGGGGAAAAGACCGACGGAGGAACCCCGGGGCCACCCCGUCACCAAAACGGCUUCUUUGGCAAUCCAGGUAGCAAGGGAGUUGGGUCUCCAGGUUGUGAGUUGGAGCAAAUGAUGACCGCCAAGACCGUAGACAAAAUCCCAGUAACUCUCAGUGGCUUUGUACACCAGCUGUCUGACAACAUCUACCCGGUGGAGGACCUAGCAGCCGCUGCGGCCACUUCGGUGUCCAUCUUUCCUAAUGCCGAUCUAGGAGGACCCUUUGACCAGAUGAACGGGGUGACAGGAGAUGGCAUGAUCAACAUUGACAUGACUGGAGAGAAGAGGUCCCUGGAUCUGCCCUAUGCCAGCAGCUUUGCUCCUGUCUCUGCCCCUCGGAAUCAGACCUUCACUUACAUGGGCAAGUUCUCCAUUGAUCCCCAGUACCCUGGUGCCAGCUGCUAUCCAGAGGGCAUCAUCAACAUCGUGAGUGCAGGCAUUCUGCAGGGGGUGACAGCCCCAACCUCUACCACUGCCUCGUCCAGUGCCUCCUCUGCCUCUCCCAAUCCCCUGGCUGGGGGACCUCUAGGGGUGUGCACUAUGUCCCAGACCCAGUCUGACCUGGACCACCUCUACUCGCCUCCUCCUCCUCCUCCUUACUCAGGCUGCACAGGAGACCUCUAUCAGGACCCCUCGGCUUUCCUGCCUUCGGCUACCACCUCCACCGCCUCAUCUGCCCUUGCCUAUCCACCACCCCCUUCCUAUCCAUCUCCCAAGCCUGCCACAGACCCAGGCCUCUUCCCCAUGAUCCCAGACUACCCAGGCUUCUUUCCACCUCAGUGCCAGCGCGACCUUCAUGGUGCAGGGGGCCCAGACCGAAAGCCUUUCUCCUGCCCUCUGGAUUCUCUGCGGGUCCCACCACCACUUACCCCACUCUCGACCAUCCGUAACUUUACUCUGGGAGGUCCCAGUGCUGGGGCUGCUGGGCCUGGGGGCAGUAGUGGCAGCGAGGGGGGUCCUCGACUCUCUGGGAGUGCUGCAGCUGCUGCUGCCUACAACCCACACCACUUGCCACUUCGUCCUAUACUUCGCCCACGAAAGUACCCAAACCGGCCCAGCAAGACUCCGGUUCAUGAACGACCAUACCCAUGUCCGGCUGAGGGCUGUGACCGGCGCUUCUCCAGGAGUGAUGAACUGACCAGACACAUUCGGAUCCACACUGGCCACAAACCUUUCCAGUGUCGGAUCUGCAUGCGGAACUUUAGCCGAAGUGACCACCUGACCACCCACAUCCGUACCCACACGGGCGAGAAGCCCUUUGCUUGUGACUACUGUGGCAGAAAGUUUGCCCGCAGUGAUGAACGGAAACGUCAUACCAAGAUCCAUCUCCGGCAGAAGGAGAGGAAGGGCAGUGCCCCUUCAUCCUCAGGGCCAGGGGCCUCUUCUACCCCCUCCUGCCCAGGGGGGACCCAGCCUGGGGGGCCCUUGGGCAGCAGCAGUGGCAGCAGCAUUCUGGGUGGGGGUCCCCUGACCUCUUGCGCCUCUCGGACCCGGACACCUUGAGUAGAGACUCUUGACCUGACCAGCUCCUCGAGGGUCCAUAAGGCCCUUUCCCAACCUGAGCUACACAAACACUACCACUGGCUCCUCACCCCUUCCUUUGAAGCUGGAAGAGUCUGGGGGGUGGGGACCCCAUCACUGUUCCCCUUUCAGCUGAGAAACAGGUCCUUCCUGAAACUGGGCUCAUUUUGGUGUCUCUUAGAUGAGAUGACUGACCAAAAGGGUACAGGGAAGGAUCCCAAGGGGUUGGAAUGAGGAUCCCUGACCUGCAGAAGCUGGCAUUUUCUACCCUUCUUUCAAAGGGUUGUUGGACUGGAGUUUUUGCUCCCUGCCCCCCUCCCUUCACCCCCUUUUGCUUUGAUGUAUCCAUGACAGCAUCUUGACUCUGGGCAUUGGAGUUGAUCUGGGACCCCAUUAAAGUAAGUUGGGAGAUACUGAUGCCUUAGAGAAGUGGGCUCAGCCCAAAGCCCCAAACUGAUGUGCACUUUAUCUAGCAUGGUGGCUGCUUUAGGGGAGGCUGUACAGUGAGCCAAGCACAGACUUGAAAUGAAAUUCUGGGAGCCUCGAACAGUGAUUAGAGCUCUUUUCGGCCCUGUAAGCAAUAUGUAGUGUAAGCUAACCUAGAGAACAGAAGUGCAAUCUGAUAAGACUUGGCAACUGAUGCUUUUUCAGUAGUUUGAAAUUGUAAAUGGCUAUUUUUUUCAGUGUAUAUUCACUCAGAUACUAGUGUAUUUUUUUUAUGUGCACUGUUCUCCAAGAUCUCAACUUUUGGGAAAGAAAAAGGGAAGUGUUUAUGAUCUAUUGAAACCAGAAUCAGAGGAUAACUUAUUUAAAGGGGGAUGUACAUAUAUUCUCUAAAGCUAGGAUGCAUGCGAUUGUGUGGACAUGUCCUCGGUGCCUUGUGUGAUGUAGACAAUGUCGAAGUGUCUGCAUGUAAAUGGGUUGCCUUAUUAAUUGCUGAGAAAUCACUCCCUGGUUUUAGUAUGCCUGUACAUUUCUGCCUAUUAAUAUUUGGAUUUUUUUUAGA